UCAACUUGAACCGUCUUCUUCAGCCACUUACUUUCUUGAAACCGUGCUCACUUGCAACGACUUCGAACGGUCAUCGGUCCUGUUUACGCCGGCGUUAGCCAUUAGCACACCUGAAUUCUACGCGUCACACCCAGGUUGUUUCAAGUGGUAUACCUGCGAUGCGAGGAAACAAGACCGUCUCUGACGGUGCCCUGCGCCUGUUGCCGGAAGACGACCGCAUACAAUUGCAGGGCUGCGCUUCUGAGCAAGUUCGUGACUGGAUAGCAUCCAAAGUGCUCGCCGUGCAACUCUAUUUGUCAAACCUGCAAACUGUGUACAACUCGACUCUCUCCGUCAACACGCAGCCGAACGAGAUUCUCGUCGAGAUUCUGUGUCUUGCGUCCGCAUCGGACGCCCGCAACACAUGGAUUACGAAGACCAUGGGCGUGUGCCGCCAGUGGCGAGACCUCAUCAUGGACACACCUCUCUUAUGGACCAACAUCGACCUAUCAGCGAGACUCCCCUCGCUGAAGCUUUGUCUCUCUCGCUCGAGCGGCACGAGCAUCGGCGUAUCCUUACCAUCGCAAGUGGGGAUCCGGGGCUCACGCAAACUUAGAGGCAAGAUUGAUUUUCCCAUGGUCGCGCUCACUCUGGCACCACACCAGUCGCGAAUAACAAGUAUGAACCUUCAUGUCGAGCAUAACGAUGUCGCUCAGACCGACUUCCUCUGGCAAGUGCUGGACGCCCCGUUACCCGCGCUAGCGUGUUUGGCCCUAGACGCAGGCAGUCCGAAGUCAUCACAAUGGACACUGACACUACCGAAGUCAUUACAAUGGACACCAAAACCUCUCCCAAGUCUCCGAGACCUGUCGUUGAUAGCCAUCACACCGGAUUGGACUCAACUGCCGUUGUCACAACUGACAUCACUGACGCUUUAUGAUGUUCUGUUUGAGGAGGGCCCCUUCGCAUCUAUCCUGGAUCUCCUGGAAGCAUGUGUUUCCCUGGAGAUCUUCAAAUACACUUGUUGGGAACGACGACGGGAACAGAGCACAGCAUGUCACAUUUUGUCGCUGCCUAGGAUGCGUCACGUCCACCUCGCAGGGGAUGAGUCGGCGGGCAUCUCAAACUUGCUUGCUCAGAUCUCACUCGCACGGCACGCUCAUCUAUCGCUGGAAACAAUAAACCGCUACGACCAUGAGUAUAAUGAGCGCAUGCGCGUCUUGGACCCUUUCCUGCCAAAGGACUCGAGAUACCUGCCCGCUAUUUGCGAGGUACGGCACCUGAUGGUGUGGCUCAACUUGUACGAGGACGACCCUUGCGCCGAAUUCACCAUAUAUGCCGACAUGGAACGCACAGAGUUCUGGGACUCGAAGCCCUGGAGGGUUUCUCGCUUCUAUCCGCCCUCUCAUUUCCCACUCGGGCACGCAGCGAUGCCGUCUCUCCUCAUUACUUAUGUGACGGAAUGUUGGCCGUACGAGCUCGACAUAGCCUUCCGGCCUAUCAUUCGUCACCUGGGUGGCACCUUCCCGGAGUCUUUGGAGACCCUGGUCUUACGUGGCAGCACGAGUCCCGUCGGUCCGCGAAGCUGGGCUCGUAUGCUGGGUGCCUUCCCGAACCUCAAGCAGCUCGAGAUCAUAGGGCAAAUCAGCGAUAUGCCUGCCUUCCCUUCCGCCCUGGCACCUACGCCAACGGGAAUUCCCGCUCCGCACUUGCGCGAGCUUGUUCUGCAAUAUCGACCGAGGAAGAAAGGCGGGAGCUUGAGGAUGCUCCGGAGGCUACAUGCGGCGCUCCGGCAGCGCGCCGAGGUUGACGGCGGAUCACGCUUGGAAUCUCUUAGUCUUCUAAUGGAGCCCUGGAAGGAUUGCACACUCUUUCCGCCUACGUUUGUCGUCGAACAACUGCCGGCAGCCUUCAAGGAGAUAUUGGAGGGGUUACGAUCCGUGGUAACGUUGUUUGUAUUUAGGUGUAUCGGCGAAGGAGCGAAAAGAGAGGGGGAUGAAGAUACCGAAGAUGAAGACAAAGACAAAGAAGAGGAAGAUGAGAACGGGGAUGAAGAAGAUGAAUAGGAAGGCGAUAGCGAGUAAACAAAGGAGAUGAAAGAGACUUGGAACAUUUUAGCUAGGUACUGACGGACGACACUUGACAUUCUGGAUUGCACAGCCAUUGGAAGCUGCAAACUGUCGAAGUCUGGUGAAACUAGCCUUCGACUGAUACCUUACUUUACAGUAAUUGACGUUGCCUUCGUCAGUCUGAACCACGAGGAGUCG